AUGCCGGAAAAACGCCCUCUGAAGGCCCCGAGGGCUUCGGGCGUGCGUACAGACGGCGCGGCGUCGAAGAAGCGGAAGGCGAAGCUGCCGCUGCUGCCGCUGCUGCAGCAGCAGCAGCAGGGGCCCGCCGGCUCCCCGCCGCUGCAGAGCUUCUCCAGAGUCGUGGGCAAGCGCGGAGAACCACUGGUCUGGUUCAAGAAGGACAGCUUCCCCUGGUGGACUGGUCUCCUCUGCAGCCCCCAAGACCCCUUCCUGAACCCGCCGCUGCCUCCCGCGCUGCGGGCGCCCCGGCCCGGCCGCCUCCUCGUAAGCAGCAGCAGCAGCAGCAGCAGCAGCAGCAGCAGCGGCGGCGGCGGCGGCGGCGGUGGCGGGGCAGCAGCAGGGCAGCAGCAGCAGCAGAGGGGUGGCGGUGGCGCUGACAGCAGCGGUAGCAGGGGCGCUGGCAUUGCGCGAAGCAGCAGCAGCAGCAGCAGCAGCAGCGGCAGAUGCACGGGCAGCAGCAGCAACAGCGGUAGCUGCAGGAGUAGCAGCAGCACUGGGAGUAAUGGUAGUGCGCCAGGAGAGGCAGCAACAGCAGUAGUGGCAGGGGUGCUGCGUCUGGCGGUGAACAGCUACUGCUGGGUUUUGCCUUCGAAGAUAAGGGACUUUCGGCUGGCCUACGACGAGAUAGCCCCUGGAGUCCGGCGGCUGAACGCGGCGUCGCGCUUGGCUGUACAGACAGCUCUCGAAGAAUGCAACUGGAAAGAUCAUCGGGAUUGGACUUCCAUUUCUGAUUUACUUUCGGGGAAAGGCCGGACGGAGCCAGACGCGGAGUGGCUGACGGACCACGAGGAGGAGUCCGACGCAGACUUCGAACGCCAGCAGCAGCAGCAGCAGCAGCAGCAGGAGCUGCAGCAGGGGAACGGGAGGGAGAGUGAAAGGAAGGCCGAGCCGCAGCAGCAGACGCAGCAAAGCGGUGAAGGCAAACACACACGAACGAAAAAGGACAAACGCCCCAGACAGAAAACAAGCAGCAAAGAACUGAGCAGCAGCACCAACAGCAGCAGCAGCAGCAGCAGCUCCAAAGCCAAAGGCGGCAGCGGUGACAAGGCCGGCAGCAGCAGCAGCGAUGCAGCUGCUGCUGCUAAGGCGGAUCCAGCUGAUGCAAAACGCAGCAAGAAACGGAAAGCAGCAGCAGCAACUGCUCCGAAGGAGGCGCCGCCCACGCCAGCAGCAGCCGCAGCAGCUGCAGCACCAGCAGCAGCAGCAGCAGCACCGGAGCCUGCUGCUGUUGCUGCAGACAAGAAUGCUUCGUCCGGCAGCAAAAAAUCAACUGCAGCAGCAAGCCCCAAGCACGCUGAUCGGCAGAAACGGCACAGUAGCAAACGUUCAGAGCCGGCAGCAGCAAACAAGCACAAACAGCAGCAGCAGCAGCAGCAGGAGAAGCAGCAGAAGGAGAAGCAGCAGCAGGAGAAGCAGCAGCAGGAGAAGCAGCAGCAGGAGCAGCAGCAGCAGGAGCAGCAGCAGCCACACCAGCAACAGAAGGAGCAGCAGCAGGGCGAGCAGCAGCAACGGCAGAAGAGCAAGAUUGCGAAGGCAAUAGAGGCGCGAAAGGCAGCAGCUGCUGCUGCUGCUGCUGCAGCUGCUGCACUUGCCGCUGCCACAGCAGCGAACGUUGACGCUGUGAAGAACCAGUCGAAGAAAACAGCCCCACCGGCAUCUCCUAUCCGCAGCAGCAGCAGCAGCAGCAGCAGUAGCAGUAGUAGUAGCAGUAGCACACGCGGCAGCAACAGCAGCAAAGGCGGCAAACUCAGGAGCAACUCCGUGGAAGCAGCUGCGAAAAGCCGCAGCAGAAGCAGGAGCCGGAGCCGCAGCAGCAUGCGGCGAAGCAGCAGCAGCGGCAGCAGCAGCAGCAGAGACAGCGGAGGCAGCAGCAGCAGCAGAAGCAGCAGCGCCGCCGAGGAGACCAAAAGGAAGAGCCCCUCCCGGGGUCGAAGCAUAACCCCCAAGCUACGCAGAAGCAGCAGCAGCAGCAGCAGCCGCAGCAGCAGCUGCAAGCGGAGCCACCGCAGCAGCGAGCACAGUCACCGCAGCAGCAGACACAGCGAGCGGCGCAGCGGCAGCAGCCGCAGCAGGGGCAGCAGCAGGAGCAGCAGCAGAAGCAAAGUAGCCCGCCGCCCUUCUGACGGCAGCAGCAAAAGAAGAGACAUUAGCAGCAGCAAAAGCAGCAGGGGCAGCAGCAGCUCCGGAGUUAGCCGCAGCAGCAGCCCCAGAAGCAGCGGCGGGAGCCGCAGCAGCAGCGGCAGGAGCCGCAGCAGCAGCGGCAGGAGCCGCAGCAGCAGCGGCAGGAGCCGCAGCAGCAGCAGCAGGAGCCGCAGCAGCAGCGUCAGGAAGCGCAGAAGUGGCGGGAAGAGCCGCAGCAGCCAUGACAGGAGCCGCAGCAGCAGCGGCAGAAGCUGCAGCAGCAGCAGACAGCGCAGCAGCAAAGUUCGCAGCAGCUGCAGCAACUCAAAGCCCUCAAAGGGCCACCAGCAGCAGACGGAAGAGAAGAGACACACAGCAGCAGCAGGAGUGGUCGCAGCAGCAGAUGCCGCAGCAGCAGCAGGAGCGUCAGUAGCAGCAGCAGAGGCCGCAGUAGCAGCCGAAGCAGCAGCGGGAGCAGCAGGAGCCACGGUAGGAGCAGCAGAAGUGACAGCGGCAGCAGCAGGAGUGGUAGCAGCAGCAGCAGCAGAAGCCGCAGCAGCAGCCACACCAGCAGCAGGAAGCACCACAGAGAUAGGCGCCGCCGCUCUCGGGGCCGCGGAAGGCGCAGCAGCAGCAGCAGCAACAGUGGCAGCAGCACACGAAGCAGCCGCAGGAGCCGCAGCAGCAGAAGCAGCAGGAGCCUCCGGAGGAGGAGGAGCAGCAGCUGCAGCAGCCGCGGCAGCCGCGGGAGCCGCAGGAGAAGCAGAAGCAGCAGCAGCAGCAGCAGACGUAGGUGGAGGAGCCGCAGCAACAGCAGCAGCAGCAGACGGAGGUACUACUCGCGCUCUUUCUCCAGGAGCAGAUCAUAUUCACGGGGCCGGAGGAGCCCGCGUUCGUGGCUGGACCGGGGCUCGCCGUCGGCAGCAGCAGCAGCAGCAGCAGCAGCAGCAGGCCGGUGGCAGUCGGACGCAGCAGCAAGGGAGCAGCGGGCGCGGCAGAUCCACCGCGAAAGGCGCUGCUGCCCCUGUCCCUUUUUGCUGCAGUCGGGGGUCUGCAGCGGGGGAGUUGUUUGCGGCUACUGCCACGAGAAGGAGCACUUGGAGGAGCGGCGCGCAGCAGCAGCAGGUUCCCGCAGCAGCAGCAGCAGCAGCAGCAGCAGCAGGCAGCACUACGCCGAGCAGUCCGCUCCCUCCUGCUCCUCCAGAAUCUCUUCUUCCCUUUCCUCCAGAAACUCCAGCAGGUCUCUUCACCGCCAGAGAUAUGUUUCCGUUUCCCAGUAGCAGCAGCAGCAGCAGCAGCAGCAGCAGGGGUUGCAGCAGCAGCAGCAGCAGCGGCACCGGGCGUGGCCGCUGGAGGGGGAGCAGCAGCGGCAAGGAAGCAAAGCAGCUGCACUUGUGCAGUGGCGGCAAAGGUGGCACGGCAGCAGCAGCAGCAGCUGCUGCUGCUGCUGCAGCUGCUGCUGCUGCAGCUGCUGCUGCUGCAGCAGAGAUCUGA